UAAUUUAGCUUGGAUCUCAACCCAUUGCCGUUCUCCUUUUUUUUCUUUUUCUUCCUCUCUUUCUAUAGAGCUAGAGAAAGGAGAAACAAAGUACAAUGGAAAGUAAGCCUUUUUGUUGGGUUCUUUUAGCCUUUUUCAUUCUCUCAUGCUUUGUGGGUCAAACUCAUGGGAGGAUGAAAGAGCAAGGGUUAAACCAUCUCUACAAGGCCAUUUCGAAGCCAAAUUUUGGUCUCGACACAAGUCUUUUUCAGGCAGCUAACCUUGUCGUCGAUCAAACUAAUGUUCUUCCUCAGCAAGGCUUGAAAGAGAGAGAUUGGAUUAAGGCAUGGCCGGGACAACCUCCCGUGAAAUUCUCUCAGUACGGUGGUUACGUCACAGUGAAUAAAGUCGCCGGUCGCGCGCUCUAUUACUACCUCGCAGAAGCUCAGCAGUAUAAGGAUACAUUGCCUCUUCUUCUUUGGCUCAAUGGAGGGCCAGGUUGUUCAUCUCUUGCAUAUGGAGCAAUGCAAGAGCUGGGUCCAUUUCGCGUGCUUAGCGAUGGCAAAACACUUUUCAAAAAUAAUUUUUCUUGGAAUUAUGCUGCUAAUGUUCUGUUCCUUGAGUCACCUGCUGGGGUAGGAUAUUCUUACUCCAAUACGACAUCGGAUUAUGAUAAAAUGGGAGACAGAAUUACCGCAGCAGAUAAUUAUUUGUUUUUGGUGAAUUGGCUAGAGAGAUUUCCUGAGUACAAGAAUCGUCCUUUUUAUAUUUCUGGAGAAAGUUAUGCUGGGCAUUAUGUUCCUCAACUUGCACACACCAUUCUUCAUCACAACAAGAAGGCUAAUAAGACCAUUAUCAACCUCAAGGGAAUCAUUAUUGGAAAUGCAUUAAUCAAUGAUGAAACAGAUGAACGAGGAAUGUAUGAUUACUUUGCAACACAUGCACUCGUUCCGGACAGACUUGUGUCUCAAAUACAAAAAUACUGUGAUUUCUCACCCAAAGCUGGCAAUCAGUCAAGUGAGUGCUAUGCAGCCACUAAUGCAGUCUACCUGAAUAUUGGCAACAUUAAUAUCUACAACAUCUAUGCUCCCCUCUGUUUUUCUACCAAUGUCACAGCCCGGCCCAAAAAAGCUUCUAUACUAAAUUUUGAUCCAUGUAGCAACUAUUAUGUGCAUGCAUAUCUAAACCGGCCUGAUGUUCAAGCAGCCAUUCAUGCCAAUGUAACUAAACUUACACAUGACUGGGAGUCAUGCAGUUAUAUUAUUAGUAACUGGUUAGAUAGCCCUUCAACCAUCCUUCCCCUUCUUCAGGAGUUCAUGGCCAAUGGUCUUAGAGUUUGGGUUUUUAGUGGCGACACUGAUGGAAGGAUUCCUGUUACUUCAACAAAGUACUCUCUAGACAAAUUGAAGCUUCAUGUGAAGACUAAUUGGCAUCCUUGGUUCCUCAUGGGAGAGGUUGGUGGGUACACAGAAGUGUAUGAGGGAGACCUAACAUUCGUGACAGUGAGAGACGCAGGGCAUCAAGUGCCAAGCUUCCAGCCAGCCAGAGGACUUUCUUUGAUCAAGCACUUCCUUGAUGGCACACCUCUUCCAAACACUAAAAGAUCCUGACUGAUUUCAUUUAAUCUUAAGCUUCCUUGCCUUUUCAAUGUUAAUUUUAUUGUGCAUUUGCUUGGUUUCAUCUAGCUACCAUGAUUUAUAAAGAAAGUAGUAAGUUGCUACUUAAUUAGAGAAAAACCCAAA